UUCUCCACUGAGCUAGCUAGUUAGCAAGUUAGCUCGCGUUGUAUAAAUGCCUCACCUGUCAUGGCGGACAACAGCUCCCACAUUUGUGGCGUUACGUAUCCCUGUGACGUUGCACCGGCAGAAAUAUUACUUAAGCAACUUUCAUAGCUCAUUUCACCGCUGAGAAGUCAUCAGAUCAUCACGUAAAUCCACCGAGAGGAAAAAAGGCUCAGGAAACAUGGCUCUCAGAAGUGCCGCGACCCGUCUGCUCUCCAGCAGCCAAAGAUGUGCUGCUGUCACAGCGUCCAGAGCCCAGGGCACCAUUGCAGCAGCUCCCAGAGACGCUGAAGAAGUCAAGAAACCGACAAAGGCAGCCAAGGUGCCAUUCAACUGGCGGGACGCUCUGAACCUGGAGGGUCUGCUGACAGAGGAGGAGAUCAUGAUCCGAGACUCCUUCCGUGAUUACUGUCAGGAAAAACUCAUGCCCCGUAUCGUCAUGGCCAACAGACAUGAACAUUUCCACCGUGAGAUCGUCUCAGAGAUGGGAGAGCUGGGCGUCCUGGGCCCAACUAUUCAAGGAUACGGCUGUGCUGGCACUAGUUACGUGGCGUACGGUCUAAUCGCCAGAGAAGUCGAGAGAGUUGAUAGCGGGUAUCGGUCAGCCAUGAGCGUCCAGUCUUCAUUGGUCAUGCACCCAAUCAAUGCUUACGGCACAGAGGCUCAGAAGGAGAAGUACCUGCCAAAGCUUGCUCGUGGAGAAAUCCUGGGCUGCUUUGGCUUGACAGAGCCAAACCACGGCAGUGAUCCCAGCAGCAUGGAGACCAAGGCCAAGUACAACCCAUCCAGCGGCACCUUCACCGUCAGUGGAGCCAAGACCUGGAUCACAAAUUCCCCCAUAGCAGACAUUGCAGUGGUCUGGGCCAAGUGUGAGGACGGCAGGGUGAGGGGUUUCAUCCUGGAGCGUGAAAUGAAGGGUUUUGCCACCCCCAAAAUCGAGGGCAAGUUCUCACUGAGGGCGUCGGCCACUGGCAUGAUCAUUAUGGACGAAGUGGAAGUUCCCCAGGAGAACCUGUUGCCCAACGUCUCUGGUCUGGCUGGUCCCUUUGGCUGUCUCAACAACGCUCGGUAUGGCAUUGCCUGGGGAGCCCUGGGAGCGGCUGAAUUCUGCUUCCAUGCUGCCCGACAGUACACUCUGGACAGAAUCCAGUUUGGGGUGCCACUGGCCAGGAACCAGCUGAUGCAGAAGAAGAUGGCUGACAUGCUGACAGAGAUUACCAUUGGUCUGCAUUCAUGCCUGGCCCUUGGAAGACUCAUUGAUGAUAAGAAAGCGGCACCAGAGAUGAUCUCCAUGCUGAAGAGGAAUAGCUGUGGCAAGUCGCUGGAUAUCGCCAGACAAGCCCGAGACAUGUUGGGAGGAAAUGGCAUCUCAGAUGAGUAUCACAUUAUCCGUCACGUCAUGAACCUGGAGGCUGUCAACACAUAUGAGGGAACUCAUGACAUUCACGCCUUGAUCCUGGGCAAAGCCAUCACUGGACUGCAGUCUUUCACUGUUGGAAAUUAAAGCUUUUCCGCUGUCUUCCUGAAACUGACUUUUUGUGGAAUACUGCUGCUCAUGUGCCCAGUGAGAGACAUGUCAUCUCUGGGCAGAACUCUAUUUGUUGAAACAUGAUGAGCAAUUAUCCUCCUCACACGAGGAGCUAUACCACGAAUACUUCAUUACAUUUACAAAAUAUUUUUUGAACUACUGAAGGGAACCAUCUAUUACCACUUGGUACCACUAGUAUCCGAAUAUGUAAGAACAAGUGAACAAAGCAUUGGGUCCAAGUGAGAUAUUUGAGGGACGUUUGCACGGUUAAUAUAAGGUAUUUAUAUCCAUAACGCAUGGAACAGUCAAGGCAUUAUGAGUUGUUUUUUCAUAACUAAAUAGUAUGUAAAUAAGCGGUUACAAUGGGUUCUGAGAUAUGUGUGGCUGUGUGUGGAAACAAAACGAUGUUAUCUGUAAUCAAAAUAAAUCUUUGUUACUGGUGGUUUAAA